GCGUCAUACACAGGGAACUCAAGUAGGGCAACUCACUAUUUACACCGACUUCACAUAGUAACUUUUAACUGGGACCACUUGUUUUAGUUUGUAAAUAGAUAUUAUUGAUAGCCAUCAAUUCCGCUGCGGCUCACACGAGAUGAUUCGCUUUGUAAGCUGUUAGAUCACAGGAAUUGUGUUUCCUCGUAAUGUGUUGGUGAAACUUAACAUGAUGAAGUCGGAUAUUCCUUACGAAAAGAUUGUUGACGUGGAGCAAAGAGGAGAAACACAUCUUGGCUCACAAAAGUUUUACAGGUAUCUGAUCGUCCUUACCUGUCUAACCACCGUGCUGUUGAUACUCCUGUCCCUCCAAACCCUGCUUGUUCCUUUGGCAGCAUCCUCCUCCUCAAAAUCACCUGGACAGCAGGAGCAUCAUCUAAUCAGAGAGACUUGUACUGAUCCCUGCAGGAUUGCUUUAGUGGAGAGUAUUCCUGAAGGACUGGUGUUUAACUCCUCUGCCACUCACCAAUCCAUAUAUGAAGCAUGGCUUAACCUUAUAUCUGGUGCUCAAACCAGUUUGGACAUUGCCUCCUUCUACUGGACUCUUACCAAUAGUGACACACAGACACAUGAGACUACAGCCAAUCAGGGUGAGCAGAUUCUGCAGGAAUUAGGGCGGCUCUCGGGGAAAGUGUCUGUUCGAAUUGCGGUCAGUACACCAUCAGAUAAGAAACCUGUGGAAGACAUUAGGUUCCUUGUGAACUCUGGUGCUGAUGUGCGAAUGGUGAACAUGCGAGAGCUGACGACAGGUGUGCUGCAUACAAAAUUCUGGAUCGUAGAUAAGAAGCACAUAUACAUAGGCAGCGCCAAUAUGGACUGGAGAUCACUAACCCAGGUGAAGGAGUUGGGUGCAGUUGUGUACGACUGCAGCUGUCUUGCUGAUGACCUGGGGAAGAUCUUCGAGGCCUAUUGGUACCUGAAUCAGACCAAGACCGUUCCCUCCCACUGGCCCAGCAAAUACUCCACUGUGUACAAUAAGGAUACACCCAUGCAGCUGUCACUCAAUGGGACUGAUGCCAGUGUCUACCUAUCAAGUUCUCCUCCAUCAUUGUGUGCUGAAGGUAGGACUCCAGACCUGCAGUCUAUCCUCAGUGUGAUUGGGGAUGCCCAGCAGUUUGUCUACAUUGCUGUGAUGAACUAUCUUCCCACUAUGGAGUUCUCUAAACCCCAGAGGUACUGGGCUGAUAUUGACACCCAGCUGCGCCGUGUGGCUUAUGAGCGUAAAGUUCGGGUGCGUCUGCUGAUCAGUUGCUGGGGGAGUACCAACCCUAUCAUGUUCCCUUUCCUCCACUCACUUGCUUCCUUGAAGGACAAGAACAAGCUUGACAUUCAAGUGAAAAUUUUUACUGUGCCUUCCAACCCUCGGCAGAAGGAAAUUCCAUAUGCCAGAGUAAACCAUAACAAGUACAUGGUCACAGAUAAGGUUGCCUAUAUUGGUACCUCUAACUGGUCAGGUGACUACUUUGUGAACACUGCUGGUUCUGCAUUAGUGGUGAACCAGACUUCAGCUCAGUCGACAACCCCUACAGUCCAAGAGCAGCUACAAGUAGUAUUUGAAAGAGACUGGGAUUCUUCAUACAGCAGUGAGAUCAACCACUCCACCAACAACAAAUACAUUUGCUAGACCAGCUCUGGGCAUUGCACUGUGUUAUUUACACCAUGGAGGGCACCGUGGAGCACGGAUAACUGUUGGCUGCACCAUUUGGGGAGUCUAAAAUGCUCCUUGACCUUAACCUGGCCAUCACAUAUUUCUUUCUACCAAUAAACAAAGGGCAAGGAGUCAAAGUAAAUACAUAUUUUUUAAUUGAUUAUCUGUCAUUGUCUCCUAAGAGGAAUCACUUUUCCACUCACACUUCAAAUCUGUAGCAAUAUAAAUACCUUUGCAUAUAAUUGCACACGCUGUCUUUUAACUGACAUGCAAUACCUCCUUAUAGAAACACUUUACCAUUGAUUAUUUUCAAUAUGUUAUGAACUUAUAGAGUGGGGUAUUUUAACCCUUGUCUCAGGAAGACAUUGUUUUAUCAUUAAUUUAAAAUAUUGUUGAUUUACUGGUAAGUUGAUUUCAUAAGUAGUCUGACUUCAUUUAAAAAAUAAGCUCAGCAGUGUUUAGCUUUUGACAAUGAUCAUGUCAGCAGAACUUUACUUUGUUGGCUGUAGUCAUUGACAUCACCAAGAGCAUUAUUUGUUCGGUGGCAUUUUAUGUUACAAUAGGGCCACUGGAAGGCCACUGUUACACAUGUUUUAGCUGCACAUAUGAAUUUUGUUUUCAGGACUGGCAGGGUGAUAAAUUGUUAAAUGUGUUUACAUUAUGUCUGUUAAUCCUGUGAGAGUGCCACAUCACUGAUGUAGAUAUGUAUUGUUCAUUAUCAAAUAUGUUUGUCAUUAUAAAGAGGAAUAAUGACUAGUAGUGAGGGAUGUGUAUGCUACCUGUUUUACAUUUUAUAACCUUUAAUGUUAUAAAAUACAAAAAAAAUUGUCUUAUUGUGAAUCUGUAAUUAGCAGAGGAGUAUUUUCAAAUUGAAGUUAAUGUUGCAUUUAAUUUCUCUCUUUGUGAGUUGAGUGUAUUUUAUGAACUGAUAAUCUACAGCAGGUUUUGAGUCAAUAAACAUGAACAAGUAUAACCC